GUUGACGCAGAAGCGCAGCAAAUAGAGUGCGCAGGCAGUGCAACGAUUAUCAGGUUUGCAGGCCAAUUUUAGUGUUGUAAAUAACAUAUAAAUCCCAAAACAAUAAACAGAGAUAUCGCCCUGUAGUACAAAACAUCAUAAAUAGUUGUUAUAGGAUUGCACGCCGCAGUUUGAUCGUUCACGACACCAUAGCAACGGUUCAGUGAGAAACUACGACACAAAGUGACGGCCGCGUCCUAUAAAGCGAUAUAACUGUGAUAAAUUAUCAAAAUAAACAAAUCUGUUGUUAUUCGGAGAGACUGUUCCCUGUAGUGCCACAUCUCGAAGGCCCUCGCGUAUUGGAUGAACAGAAAGAGGGUGGCGGGUAGGAAGAGAGCGCGCGCGGCGCGGAGGGACGCUGCCCGCGGCAGGUGACCGACGGUUCACGCGGCUCAUGUGGGCAGCGGGCGCGUGCUGCUCGCGCCAGGCAGAUGCAAUAGGCGAGGGCGGUGCCGCGGCGCGCACGCCGGUCAAGACCUUCCAAGCGUACCUGCCGCCCGCGCACCGCACCUACAGCUGUAUACACUGCCGCGCGCACCUAGCCAGCCAUGACGAACUUAUAUCUAAGUCGUUCCAAGGCAGCCAGGGGCGCGCAUAUCUCUUCAAUUCAGUUGUGAAUGUCGGCUGUGGACAAGCGGAAGAGCGGGUUUUGCUCACAGGCCUCCAUGCGGUAGCAGAUAUAUACUGCGAAUGUUGCAAGACCAUGCUGGGUUGGAAAUAUGAGCACGCGUUCGAAUCGAGUCAGAAAUACAAGGAGGGGAAAUUCAUAAUAGAGUUGGCACACAUGGUGAAGGAGAACGGGUGGGACUAGGACAGGGAGGCGCGCGCCGCCGCCCGCGACGAUAACGCGGCGGGCGACGGCUCGCGCUGACUCACACGUCCGUCCCGCUCGCACUCACACCGACGCACAUAGCUCGCUCCCUCUCUGCCUUACUCGGACGUGCUCGCCGUCACUCGCGUCUCGAUCGAGCGCGCAAUGCACCGACUACCUUCCCUGAAGCAUGCACGUACUUACGCCUUACUUUCGGGCGUACAUUGCCGACGUAUUCGUAUCGUAUCCGCUCGACAUAGUGCGGAAACAAAAAAGACACGAGUGCCGUUGUGAUGUUAUAUAGACUGGUCUCGAAAGCGGUUAUCGGCGCGCAAUAUGGACUUUCCGAUGCGUCGAAUAGUUCCAGCUGCGGCAUAGGACAUAAAAGUGCACCGCGAGUGUUCCUCUUCGAUUCGUAGAGCGGUAUACACGAUGUUGCCCGCGCUGGGUAAUUUUGUCCGUCGACGAGUGGAGCCGUCGUGAUGAAGAGACAGGCGAGUUGCGUUAUAGUGCUCGCCUACGCAUGUGUCCCGUGAUCGAUUUAGCCGUUAACAACCGGAACGUACAGUACGGUUUUGUAGCGCUAUCGCCUAUCUCAAAGCUACAGCAAAGGGCUUACGAUAGUGAAAAUAUAUCAAUAUUUUUUAUUAUUAUUAAUGUAUCAACCUAAGGUUUUGUUAAAAUUUUUAUUUAAGUAAAUUUAAAAAAAUGGUUUCGAUUUUUUUGUCGUUUCAAAUUAAUAAUAAAAAAUAUCAUAAACGUAUCCAUUGAUUAAACAAUACAAUUAUCUCAUAGCUAUAGCUUUCCUAUGACUUUGUGAUAGGCUAUAGCCAAUAGUGUACGGCGAACCUAUUAUACGUUGCCGCGCGGGAAACUGUAGGCGCCAAUCAUUAGAUGUGACUAUUUUUAUCAUGCUGAAUUAUUAUUGAAAGAUCGGAGCCUACCGAUUCUCGUCGCCGACAACGGAUAAGCUAUAUCAUGUAGAAGUGUAUUUUGCGCAUUUGUUUAAGUACCUACUGAUAUGAGAAAUUAUAGAAUACGAUCGAUUGCGAGACACAAUUCUCGGUGUGGUAAUGGUGAUUUUACACCGGCGAAGCGGAAACGGAUGUGAUACGUGAGAAUAUCUUGCUUACUUUCACACAAAAACUAUACGUUUAAAUAAUGUAAAUUAAUAAAUCAUAUUGUUCACUGUUCCAGUCAUGUGUGAACCGUGUAUUAUUGUCCAGAUACAUUAUUUCAAUUCACGUACUGUGUCAUUCGUUAUUUUUAUGUCAAAGAUGCGAAAAGUAAUUCAAAUUCCGCCGUUCAUAAUUCAAUGGGGAUUCUUGAAGAAUAUUAAACACGUAUUUUUUUUGCGUAAUCAGUAAAUUAUGGCGACACAUUGAGUCAAAUGUCGCAUGACGUGAUGUAACAUCACACCUAUGUACAUCUCUACAUAGUUGUGUCGUAGCAAGCCCUCUUUAAUGCACAGGCAUCAUAGCCGUUUCUUGUUGAAUUGAAGCACAAAAAAAUACAUAUAUAAUAUUUUUCUAUUAUUUCUGAAUGACAGACUUAAUACAUUUAUUUUUUUACCCACUCAUCAUACCAAUAGGGAUGACGACUCGGUAAUAAAAAAGAAAUUCUAUUUAAUCCGUCAGUCAGAUGAUAAAAAAUAUUAUGACGGACAAACGAACGAACAAAAUUAAGUCGUCAUCCCAAUUCUCCCGCAUCGCAUCCAAUCCUCGACGCGGUGUGAAAUCACCUUAAUAGUAUAGCGGGGCAACCGUCGCCUCGUAGCGGGUUUGGCUUAAGCACCGCCAGUCAACAUAAGGUUAUAUUUGUUAUACAUAAGUGGUCGAUCUCAACCGCCCCCUUAAGGGGCUAUGGGUUUAGAAUUUAAUUAUAAUAAUAAUAAUUUGGUGACAUUUGUUUACCGCGUCGUGAGGUGUCUUAGUUUUUUUUACUUUACGUACAGUCAACAACACGUCAGGAAUGCGAUCGCGUAACCCUGGUCAUGAUUCUAACCAUAGGAUACAUCUUAGCGAUAUUACGAUGAUAUUUCGUUUAAAGUUACUACUUUGACAAGUCUUUUGGUAGAUUUUGGGAUAAAUGACCAAGUUGGGUAACACUGCUAUCAUAUCUAUAAUCAUUAUUCUUUUUCGUUCUUUCGUCGUUACUAAAGUACAUCUAAAGUGGUAAAAGGAAACGAAAUAUCGACAUAAUAUCGAUAGAAUGUCGAAUCCUAUAACAAGAAUCAUAACUAGAAUCAGGCGGUCGCUCUGCAGGUUAUGAUAACUACCUCCAAUAAAUUUAAAGCACUCAUCUGUGGAAAAAGUUGAGAUUAGUUUGACAUUUGAGGUAUUGCAGUGAUCCGAUGUGCUGUUGAAUGUACUACUUACGCAUCUUACUGUAUUAAGAGAACACUAAUACUUUCUCUUGUCCCCUUUAACCUGUGAUAAGUAUGUUAGUAUAGUAUUUUUUGAAUUUCUCGAACGAUCGUUUUUCGUGAAGUUGCUCAGAAAGUAAUGCAGAUUGUUCCUGAUGAUUUCAGCUGUACAUACAAUUUGCUUGUUUAUAAUUUUUCGAAGCAAACUAGUCGACGAGUAAUGUAUGCGCAGGAGGAUCAUUAUUACUAUUAAUAUUAUUUUUUACUUUGCGCCUGAUUUAGUGAAUUUAUAUUUUUAGUUUUAAUUUAAGACUCGUACAGUUGACAAAAAAAAAUGAUGAAAAAAAAAUACAAAUUUAGUUUAACUUAAAAUACGCGAGUAGUUGAAAUCGUAGUGAGAAUUCGUGAAAAAUAAUGAGGGGGGGGAGACUGCAGUUUUAUUAUUCAUUUAUUGUUUCCAUUGUGUAUUACCUUUAAUUAGUAGUGGAGAUUUUUUAAUCUAUAUAAUUUAACUAUGAUACACACGGCUGCACGUCAGGUUAACCCAAUAUGUGAACGCGAGCGAUUCUGCACUUUAACGUAAACGAGUUAAGAUAUAAAAUGAGUUGAAGUUGUUUCUGACUCUAUUGUAAAACCCGAUGCGCCGCUGUAUUUCAAUUUGUAAUAGUUGUUUAUUGUUAAGUGACCGCAUGAGCUUCGAUUAUACUUAUAAUAAAGCGUAUUCAAUGGAUAUAAUAAAAUAAAUGUACGCCCGGUUGAUUUUUACCGAGGAAUUUGUGUCAUGGGAAAUAAAAUAAUAAUAUAUAAAACCCCAUAGAGUCGCGCUAGUAACACCACGUCCUAUUUCAAAAUCAAAUCGUAUUAUAAUAUUUCGAUAUGUGUAUAAUGUACAUUAUUAAAAAAAUAUAUAAUAUUGCAAAGAACUUCAGCCGUCGCAUACAGUUUUAUCAGGAGCGUUAUAACUGCCAUUAGUAAUAUACAGUACGUUUGUAUAUACAUUAACUUAAUGAUGUUUACAUGAAUAUAAAAGUCAAAAUUAAUGGUGACUCGUUUGAUGUCCGAUAAGAAGGAAACUAUUGAUUUUACAUACUUAAUUUUUCUUUUUAGAUUGCUGAAUCAGUAUACGUUUGGUUAGGUUGUUU